UUAAGUAAUGGAAACUACCACAAAACGAGACGAAGUAAACGACAAAAUCCUUUCCAAGAUAGUCAGAGUCCAUGUUAGUGAUGGAAGGAUUUUCAUUGGGAAGUUUGAGUGAAUCGAUAAAAAGGGAUCACUGUUCAUCCAAGAUGCCCUUGAAAUCCUUGAUACGACGGAUAAAUAAUUUCUAUAUCCACCAAUUGCUACAACCUGUGUUCCACACACAGGAGAAGAGCAAGAAGUUGCUGAAAUAUGUAGGCAGUAUUAUUAUGCCAAGAGAGCAUGUCAGUAAGGUCCUACUCGAUCCUAAAAUGGAAGAGACCAUGUACAUGCUGGCUUCGGAGAGCAUCAUGCCUGAAAAUGAAGUAAUGACUGAGAAGGACCUCCUCGCACAAGCAGAAGCUGCGCAAGAGGAAGAAGGCAAGGAAGAAGUGACCAAAGAGGAAUAAC